AUGUUAUUUAUAAGUGCUUUAACUAUCAAUAAAAAUAACAAGAAUGAAAUAAUUCAAGAAUUUCUUAGAAUAAAUUUUCAUAUUAUAGUUGAAACAACUGAUAAAGAAACAUGUUCUCAUUUAUUCUUUAUUAAAAAAAAUGAAGAAGAGAUUAUUCCUAUUCUUGAUGGUGUAAUUUGUAAAGUAGUAAAUAAUAAGAAGAAGAGAAACAAAGUUCUAAUAUCAAAUUUUUUUGUAUUAACAUAUCCAAACAAAUAUAUUAUCUACUAUGAUACUGAAAAUAAUCCUAGAAAAACAAAUAAAAGUACUAAGAUUUAUAUGAUUAAUUGUGAAAUCAAGAAGAGUUAUCAGAUUUAUAAUUACAAACAAAUUUCUGAACAUCAAAAAAUCAGUGAAGAAUUGGCUCAAGAAUUUGCACAAAAUUAUAUUGAUGAUGAUAAUAAUGAUGAUGAGGAAAAUAUUGAAUAA